AUGGCAUCGCGUUAUCAGCGCGAGCGGCGCGCCGCGCGACAACAACAGAACUUGAGAGCCGAUCUCAAUAAUAACAAGAAAAGAAAACGGUCCAGUUUCAGCGAGGCUUCCGGAUGGCUCGGACGGGGCGCGGUCCACUGUCUCCCUCGCUCCUACGGCCGCACUCUGCUCUCUCACUCUAACGGUACUCGGUUGUAUGAACGAUAG